CUCAUUUUUAGUCGCAGGAGCCAGUCACACGUACCUUAUUGUGACUUUUGACACUGGGUCAUCGAUGAUUCCUCUCAAGUGGAUUUCUACGCGAAAUCGGUACCAGAGGGUAUCUUCCCCUACGCGGAUCGCAAUCUUGGUUCGGAAGACACCAAACAAGAAAGAAAGAAACAUCCAAUAACAAAAGCUAUCAUACCCGCAGCUCUCGCUGGGCACUCCAUUGAGCUCAUCCUCAAGACACCAAGCAACAUCGAUCCCACAAUAUCUGUUUGCUAAGGGUUCAGAAGAUCUUUCGAGUAUCUCUCGUGUCGGAAGAUUUCUUUUGCUCGAAUAGGUGGUAAAUAAUUAUGGGCGGCGACGACGAGACCAAGGGCAAGAACCACGCCUUUGUGUACAUUGCCUCCAAGGACUACGCUUGGAUUCCGGCGACACUGCUGGAUACGGAUAAAGGCAAGGCUCACGUGGAGGUUCCUCAUUAUAAAGACGAACAAUCGAUUGUGUGCGAUGGCGGUGCCUCGGCUAGCAAAAAGACCAAGGAAUGGGUAGACCUCAAGAAAUACCCCAACAAGGUUCUGCCACUGCAAAAUGUUACCGGUGGUGGACAACUCAUUGAGUAUCCGGAUAUGGUGGAUAUCCCCUUUUUGCACGAGGCUGGCAUUCUGUUCAAUCUCAAACUCCGCCAUUUGCGUGGACGUCCUUACACUCGAACUGGGGAUAUCAUUAUCGCCAUUAACCCCUUUCAAUGGUUCACGGAACUCUACACGGAAAAGAAACAAAUCAUGUAUUCCAAUCGCCUCGUCUGGGAAAGUACCCAUACCGAACAAGAUCCUCGUCGAGGAUUGGAACCACACGUCUACGAGGCAUCCGCGUUGGUCUACCGAGGAUUGGCAUUUGAUAGAGAAGAUCAAUCCAUUCUGGUGUCGGGAGAAUCCGGAGCCGGAAAGACGGAAACUGUCAAAAUUUGCAUGAAUCACAUUGCCAGUGUCCAAAAGGGACGCGACAUCAAAUCCGGAGGCGAGAUCGAUCCCGUCGUCCGACGCGUCUUGAAUUCCAAUCCACUCCUGGAAGCUUUUGGAAAUGCCAAGACGACCCGAAAUGACAACUCGAGUCGCUUUGGAAAGUACACGCAAUUGCAAUUCCAUCGACCCGAAGAUGAAAUGGCGGGCAGUAUUGAUUUGGCCAACACUAUUUGCAAACUAGCCGGAUCGAAAUGCGAGGCGUAUUUGCUGGAGAAGAAUCGAGUGACUGGUCACGAAGAUGUCGAACGAACCUAUCACAUCUUUUAUCAAAUCUUGGCGGCACCCGAUGCGGAGAAAACCAAACUGUGGGAUGGUUUGAAAGGGACCGACUUUAAUUCCUACAAGUACGUUGGUGAUACCGAUACCAAAAAGAUUGAAGGCAUGACGGACGCCCAACAUUUCGAGAAAACUCGCGAAACACUGGAAUUGAUUCACUUGGGUGGCGACAAAUACACCAUGUUGAUGCGGGCCAUUUUAGUCGUCAUGCAGACCGGAAACCUUACGUUCGGUCCCCGCGAAGGCGAUUCCGACAAGUCCGACUGUACCUCCAAGAAGGAACUCAAAGGCUUGGCCGAAUUAAUGGGUGUCCCGGAGGAUGCACUCAACAAGGCAUUCACCGAACGGACCAUGAAAACACGCGGGGAAACCUACAAGGUACCCCAAGAUGCCAAAACGGCCAAGGAGUCUGCCGAUGCCUUUGCCAAGGAAGUUUACGGAAAACUAUUCUUGUGGCUUGUGAGUGGAAUCAACGAAGCUACCAAGGCCGAGAAGAACUUUGAAGGAGGUGGUCUCGCCAGUUCAGACUUUGGCAUUAUUGGAUUGUUGGAUAUCUUUGGAUUCGAAUCCUUCUUGAUCAAUCGAUUCGAACAACUGUGCAUCAACUACGCCAACGAAAAGCUACAACAAAAGUUUACCGAGGAUAUCUUCCGAAGUGUGCAAGCAGAGUACAUUGAAGAAGGCAUUGCCCUGGCGGAAAUCACCUACGACGACAACACGGAUGUCCUGGAUUUGAUUGAAGGACGAACGGGAUUGUGUGCCCUCCUGAAUGAAGAAUGCGUUCGUCCCAAGGGUAGCGACGAAGCCUUUGUGAACAAGGCACUGGCACAAAACAAGAAGUCGCCCUGCAUUGUGGUCAACCACAUGGACCGAAUGAGUUUUGGAAUCCACCACUACGCAGGAAAAGUCAUGUACAGUGCCGAGUUCUUCGUUGUCAGAAACCAAGACACACUCCCGACCGAUGUGGAAGAAUUGAUGCAAAUUUCGACAAACGAAAUUGUCUCCCAUGUAGCAGUUGACAAUGAGCCUGCCAAAGCCAAGCCCGGUCGUCAAAAGAGUAAUAUUGUGGGAAAGACUAUUUGGACAAAGUACAAAACGCAAUUGGCAACCCUCAUGACUGAUCUGCGAAAGACCACGAGUCGCUACAUUCGUUGCAUCAAACCGAACAAGCCAAAGAAGCCUUCGGUUAUGGAGCAUGUAGGUACCGUCGAACAGUUGCGAUGUGCCGGUGUUGUGGCUGCGGUGACAAUUACCAGAUCAGCAUUCCCCAAUCGACUCGAUCACGCACCAGCCUACAGACGAUUCUUGCCGCUCAAACCAGCGGCUGCUGGCAAGGCCGACAAGAAUGACAUCAAGGCUCUGCUUGCUGAAUUGAUGGAUUCGGCCUUGGCGAGUCUCGUACAGGGUGAAGGCGAAAACACAAAGAAAGCCUACGUGAUUGGAAAAACCAAAAUCUACUUCCGCGCGGGAGCAAUGGAAUAUCUGGAGUCCGAACGCCUUAAGGGCUGUGACAAGUGGGCCGUGAUCAUGCAGCGUGUCUACCGUGGUUACUGCGUACGAAAGAAGUUGGGCGGCAUCAACGGAUACAAGAUGCAAGCCAAGGCACCGAAAGCCAUCACCAUCCAAUGCUGGUACCGUCAACUAGCAGCCAAAUUUAAGCUUGGAAGGCUCAGGAAGAAGCACAAAGAAAAGAAAAAGAAGGCCAAGAAACGCGUGCGUGCCGCCAUGAAGAUCCAAGCAUGUGGUCGCGGUUACUUGGUCCGACCGAAGUUCAAGAAGAAGCUCAAGUUGAUGAAGGAACGGGAGCGCCUGAAGAAGCUUGCCAACGAUUUGGAAGAGAAGGUGCGUGAAGCGGAAAUGAAACGCCUUCAGAAUGUAGAGGCUGCCCGCGAGGCUGCCGAAAAUGAAAUUGAAGAGUACAAGGAGGUUGUCCGCGAGGAACUCAAGAGCGACAAGGAGAAACAGAAGAAGUAUGCUCAGCAACAAACAUUGAUCGAUGAGAGUUCCAACAUUAUCGAAUUCUUGCGCCGAGAGAAUACGAAGCUGAAGAACCAAAGCGAGGGCAUGCGCAAGGACUUCAAGGAGCUCAAAGACAACAACAAGCGUUUGCAAGAAGAGAACGAGGCGGCAACAUCGUCGUUCACCGCAUUGAACGACCACGCCAAGCAGCUCAAUGUAAAGAAUGCCAAGCUCAUCACCAACGUCCAGGAAUACAAGAAGAAGCUGGAAGGUCUAAAGGACGAUCUGAAGGAGAAGCAGUCGUACUACAUUGCAGAAGCAGAGGCUCGUCUAGCAGCCCAGAAGAGGAUGGCUGCCAUUGUGGGCACCAUCCAGGACAAGUGCAGAGACCCGCAGCUGAUUGAAGAUGCGGUGAUUAUGGCAUUGGAGUGCGAAGCGGAGGCCAAGGCUGAACGUGCCGCUUUGGAUGCCCAAGAUGGCAAGUCCGCCCCAGCAACAGGCACCACAGCGGCUGUCGCAGACGACGAUUCCACUGAUUACGGUGACAUCUCGUCCGAUGAAGACUCAGAUGAUGAUUCGGACUAGACUAGAGCGUACGGUACCGGUAGUAACUGUCAAACUAUGCAUGUUUUUGAUGCACUUCCUGUAGACUAAUAGUAGCUAUCUAGAGUGCCGUCGGAGCCUUUCAGCAGCUGAAAACAUACCUUGUACUUUGCCUAUCCAAGCCCGGAUAGCAGUUUCAACAGAGAAGUUGUCGACGAAGUCCCAAUUAUUCCAAACAGCUCUGACGUUAUAUAACAACAACUCUGAAGGCUUUGAAAAAGGCUUCUUUACUUACAUGUACUUGUACCAAGGCUGGGGGAAAGGGUUCUGAUCGUGAUCGUUUUC